UUCCAUCCAUUUUUCUGGCCAUUCCUGAACUAGUCGGGUGGAUAAUUGUUUUGCAUUGAAGUGUGAAAAAGUGUUUUUCUAUCUGCGUGUCAAAGUGUCACUUUUCUGAAGAAGGAAGGGACAACACCUUCUCCCCAGAGCCAGCGCCGCUGCCAGUCCUCUACGACAACGUCUUGGUUUUUUGGGUAGCGGCCUGCGCCAUAGAGCUGACGACAAUUUGGUGGUGUUUCUUACUGUGCGUGAAGUUUUGAUCCGGAACAAGCGAGGAAAUUUCAUUGAGGAAAGAACUCACAGAAAAAGAAAUAAGUUGUGAAAUUAUCCACUAUCAAAAAGUGCAAAAAGUUGCGGUCGCUACUUUUUCAUCCAUUCGUCGUCAUCAUCGAGAGCAGAGGAAAUUCCUUGCCACAGUCGAGCGAGCACAAAGCCCCAGCGCGAGUGCAGGCAGAAUUUUCCAGCCCUGAGAAUGACCAGGAGAACCUGAAUGCAAAUAUUUCCAGCGAUGAUAUACGGGAAAAACAAAUAAAUAUAGGAGCCAUGGUUUCGAGUUGAAAGCGAGAAAGCAACACAGCAGAAAUACUAGAACCAUAAACUGCAUCGUGGAAAACGAUAUGCGAUGAUGAAAAAUGGCAAAAUAAUAUUGUAAGUAGAAAGGCGAAAGUUCAACCGAGUGAGUGAACGCACCCUCGCUCACUACUUGCUCCUCCUCGCCGACUCCGGCUCCAGCCAAAGUGGAGGGAAGUGUGUGCGGUUGUGUGUGCAUGUGCAGUGAUUGAAAGCUUCCUUUUGAAAGCAACCGACCGACCAACCGACCGGCAAAGCAGCGCGCAGUGCAAAAAGGAAAAAGUGUUCUCCAAGAGUCCUAAGUGUUGCUGUUCUUGUUGCUGCGCCUGCUGCUGUUGUUGUUGUCGUCGUCGUCAUCGUCCUUAUUAUUGUCGGUGGUUGCAUCAGUGUGGAAAACCUAGAGAAAAUCGCUUUCAAAGACGACACCCCGAACAAAAACUCCAUACAUCAUAGUUUAGUAGGUUCGGUACAAACUGUGGGUGUAAGGGAAACUCCAUUUUUUCUGUGUGGCCAACUUUCUCCGGUAUAGAAGAAGGCGGUGGUAAUACAGCGAAGAAAGAAUACUGCAAGUUCGGUACCCGACAGGAAGCACCAGUAGAAGUAACAAUAGCAACAGCAACAGCCAGUAGUCAAGCCCGGAACGGCGGUUGGCCGGGCGCAACAGGAGGGUGUUGUUGUUAGUGGCAGUGGUGGUGGUGGUGGCAGUGGCAGGAGAGACGAGACAGUGUUUCUGUUGCUGCCCAAGAGUGUCAGCAAGCAAAAGCCAGUCAACCGUAUUUGCACAGUGACGGCAACAGCAGAAGCUGCUUGUAUCAAAACUACACACCGAUAGAGAGAGAGAGAGAGAGAGAGAGAGAGAGAAAACAGCCAGACCAGGAGCAGGGAUUCGCGUACCACUACAUACACACUUACAACGGGACGACGCAGGGCAACAUUUUCCAAAAGGCAUCAUUACGCAGGAUUAUCUCAUCACAGAGCUGCUAGGAAAACGUGAGAUACACGCGCGGAGAAAUACCACAGAAAGAAGAAUAAAAAGACGACGACGUCGACCGGUGAAAAUCACAGUACCGUGAAGCCGGCCGGUCUCUAGCUUGAUACCAACCAACCGACCGACCGAGAAAUCUAGUUUUCCAAGUCAAGCAUCAUUUGCAUAAAUUGGCUGCUACCACCUGCAGAGUAGCGUGGCCACCCACACCCCACACUUUGCCAUCUAGACGUGUCCCGCGUGGAUAAUGAAACAGAUCAAUGUUGCCGUCGUCGGACUGUCCGGUGUCGAGAAGGACAAGGGCCAGCUGGGGGUGGGCAAGUCCUGCCUGUGCAAUCGGUUUGUCCGACCGAAAACCGAUGAUUAUGCGAUCGAUCACAUUUCGGUGCUGAGUCAGUCCGACUUCAGCGGCCGGGUUGUAAACAACGAUCACUUUCUCUACUGGGGUGAGGUGCGUAAAACGUCCGACGAGGGCGUCGAGUAUAAUUUUAGCGUCGUCGAGCAGACCGAGUUUGUUGACGAUGCCACAUUCCAGCCCUUCAAGGUGGGCAAAAUGGAACCGUACAGCAAACGGUGUUCGGCCAUCCGACUUAGCUCGCAGGAAAAACUAAAGUACAUCUGCAAAAAUCAGCUCGGCAUUGAGCACGAAUACGAAGAAGUCGUCCUCCCGGAGGGUCGAUUCCUAGUGGAUGGAUUCGUGUGCGUGUUCGACGUCAGCGUAGUCCCCAAUCGGACCGUCGAGAAGCAGAUCGAGUUCAUCAACCAGAUCGUGAACAACAUCCUGAAGAACAAAAAACCAAUCGUGCUGGUGACGACCAAAAACGAUGACGCCAACGAGUUGUACAUUCGCGAGGUGGAAAAAUUCUGCAGUCGAAAGGAAUACAAAGGUCAAAUCGUGAUGGUGGAAUCGUCGGCCCACGAAAGCAUCAACGUUGAUUUGGGUUUCAUCGUGCUGGCACAGAUUAUCGAUAAGGCAAAGCAGCGCUCGAAAAUUAUGAGCUACACCGAAGCAGCCAAACAGCGAACCGAUCUGCUGAAUGCCAGCUCCGAGUUCGUAACCCGCCUGAUACGCACCCAAAUCACCGAUCACCGGUCGAUUUGGACUAGCUCGUCGAAAAAACUAGCCAGCCACCGGGAGUGGAACGAUUUUUUGGAACUGUUUGGUCAGGAAGCGGGUCAGCGGAUAUUCCGGCGGCAUAUUAAAAAGUUACGUGAAGACUACCAGGCGAAGAAGCUCCAAAGUUACAUGGAGUCGUUCGCGUGUGUCUUGCAGGAGCUUCUACCGGACAUGAACAGUAUUAACCUGGAGCUGGAUACCUUCAACGAUUGGCAGUCUAUUCGGGGCUACUUCCGUAACCAUGUCGAGUUCGAGCAGUAUUUCUUCGAUGCGGUCGAACGGGGUGGCAGCUGGGCGGAGUUGAGCGAUAUGAGCGACAUGGAGGACGAAAACCGGAUACCGUUCGAUAUCCUGGAGACGGCCGAGGCGGAAACGGUGUUCAAAAACCACAUGAACGCACUGCAGCAGGAGCAGAAGCGGCUGGAAUGGAAGAAGCAGUUCAAAAAGCUGCUGGAGGAAACCGGUUACGUAACACCGGGCAAACAGCUGGCGGAGGUCCGGGUCCUGUUUAUGGGUCGCGAGUGCUUCGAAGCCCUGUCGGAGCAUGACUGCCAGCAGAUCUACGAUAACCACCAGCGGGAGCUCAUCGAAACAGCGAAGCACAAUUUCCAGGAGCUGCUUAUGGAACAUGCCGAUUUGUUUUACCACUUUAAAAACAUUGAACCGUCGGGAACGGUCACGCAGAACGACGUGAAGGAGAUCACCGAUGUGCUGCAGGAGGACCUCCGCUAUAAGCUGCUCGAUCGGCUCGAUCAGGACCGUAAGCUGAUGCUGUUCCAACAUCUCGGUUUCGUUCACUGUCCGAUCCGCGAGCACUGUCCGGCGUUUCCGAAUUGCAUGGAUGCGCUGAUUGAACGGAUUUUGAUCGCCAACCAGAACCUACCGAAUCCCCGCUUCGCCCAGAAAGAUGGCCAGCUGCAGUUAAAUUUGAUCGUUAUCGGACUGGAUUACAUUGCGAAUGAUUUUAUCGACAAAGUGCACCAGCACUGCAACGACAACGGCGAGUACAUCGUCGACGGGCAGGUCUACGGACUGAACAUAGAAACCAUCAACCGGGAGAACGAUUCCUUCUCGUUUGAUUUGGCCUCCAAGGGGCUAAUCUGUUGCUACUCGAACAGGCAAACUUUUACCUACAUCUACGAAGUGCUCGACCGUCUACUAGUGGAUAAUCUAGACUUCAAAGAUAGUGUAAACAAUCUGCACAUCGUGUUUAUGAGUGACGAGAAGAAUAGUGAGAGUACCCUGCAGCAGCUGCAAAGUGAUGGCCAAUCGCUGGCGGAACGUCUUCACUGUGUCUUCAUUGACGAGAACGAAUUCUACGCCUCCGGACAGGAGACCCGUUUCGUGGAUACCACACUGAACAGUGUAAUCGACUCGAUUCCCUUCGAGGAACUCAAGUAUGGCAUGAAUAUGGUGGACAUGCCCGAUCUGCGGAUUAUUAUGUGCAUUUUUUGUGGCGAUCCAUUCUCGAUCGAAAACUUGCUGAGUUCGAUGAUGAUCGAACAGUCCUGCAUCAGUGCUGGAGAGCGUAACAUCAUUUUCGAGAUGUUCCUAGGGGACUCCAAGCGACGCGUGGAACUUAUUCUGUCCUCUUACCAUGGGGCGAAUGCCUUCCGAGAUGAUCUAAUCCAUGGUUUUAUCCUGCUGUACUCAAGCAAACGAAAGGCGUCCCUAUCGACACUGAGCGCCUUUUCGCUGAACAUUCCGAACCUACCAAUGCAGAUUGUGUCCGUCUCGGAGCAAGGUGGUGUCAAUGCCUUCUUCAACAACGAAACCUCCCAGAUGCUGAUCACCGAGGGGAACGCCAUAGCCGACAAGCUGCGGGCACACUUCGCCACCGCCUCCGAUGACGAUAACCAGUUCAAAUUCGCUUCGUUUGCUCCCUUCCUGAAAGAGGUCUGGGACAAGAAGCCAGAAAUCGAGCAAGCCUUCAACAUGGAGGAACCUCUGACAAUCGAUUCCGGCGAAGGAACGAUGGAACACUCGAUGCAUCACCAUCACCAGCAAGCGCCGCAACCACCGCCACGAUACGAAAGCUAUCUGAUCAAUGGUUCCUCAACAACCUACCGCAGUGGUAAUCAGCACCCGCACCCCCAUCAACAGCAAAAGAUGCUGUUUGAUAAUCGUUCCAUCAAUUCGUUGGACGAUCUAGACAACCUAAAGCAGCAUCAGCAACAGUAUUCCAACAUGUACUACUACGAGGAUAGCAGUGAUUUUGACAAGGGUGGAAGUAACCAGGGCUUUCAGAUUUAUCCGCCACCAACGACACCACCGGAACCGGCGCCACCUGAUCAUCUGCUGACGCCUUCGUCCAUUCUGCGCCAGUUGAAGGCCAACACGGUUUCGCAAUCGCAGAGCAGCCUCGAGGAGAUUAACUCCGACGUCAGCGGAUCCAAGGACUCGAUCAACACCUACGACUCAGGCUGGCUAGACGACGGUUUUCUAAUCCCGAAGCAGGACAACAAACAGAACGAAGACAUCUGGAAGCAGGUUAAUGCCCACCACGCCUUCACCACCGGUCGAAGACCGAAUCAGACAUCGUUCGCGAAGAAAAUUCGCCCCAAAGGCCCAAGCCAAACAUUGAAGCAGCCGGGAAAACUAAAUCUAAAAAGUUUCGCCAUUGUCAAUGAAGCGAUUGCUCGGAUGAAUAUCGGCCAAUCCGAUGGUCAAGGCCAGCUGGGAAUGGGUGGUGGCCAGCCGCCUCCUCCGAUGACCGAAAAGGAGAAAAAGAAAGCCAAAAAGCUGCUGCAGCAGCAGCUAGAAAAUGCGCCGCUUGCGGCUCCCGAGGAUGAUAGCGAGGACUACGAAGAUGAAGCCGGCUACGAGCAGAUCAACGAUGCAUUUAGCGAUGCGGUUAACAACGUGGCGAGUCAAUUAUUUACCACCUUCUCCGGUGGGCAGCGUGUAAUCGUCGGACCCGAUGCGGCACAGCGGGAAGCCAUGGAUUUGGCUGGGAAGAACAAGCUUCGACAGCGGCGGGAGAAGGAACAAAUUUUCAACAUUCCAGAGUACUCCGAUUCGGAGAGCGAUUCCAGUUCGCUGGAACGCAAACGCUCAACGGACGGGUACUCGAAAAUCAACCGUAAACCACAGACACACAAGCGGCACCGCAAGAAGCGUACCGCAAUCCCAGUGCAGCCGCCAAAAAUCCCGCUGGGUCCUUUCGGAGGUGGUGGCGGGCUCGGUUCCGCGGGGGCAGGUGAUGGCGGAGGACCUCCGAUGAUGGUGUCCAUGCCAGGCAGUGGAGGCCCGCUUGGCUCCGCUCUCGGCAUGCCGAUGAUGUACCAGAAGCUUAAAAACGAAAAGAACAUCGGAAUGGACCGGCAGGAGGAUGAAUCCAGUAUUGAUGUGUCCUCGCCGAGGGACAACAAUUCGCCGAUCUUUGGCGUUCUUCCCAAAAUGGGUGGCGAUCGGGAAAAGUUGAUCACCAAGCAGAAGAACUGGUUCGGUAAGGAGAUCGAUAGCAGCAAGAGCAGUUCCAAAGACUCGAAGGAUUCGGACACCAACUCGAAGAAGACGGCCGGCCGUACCGGAAAGCUGACCGGUAAGAAUGCUAAAAAUGUUCCUCCCGUUCCGCAGCAGCCAUCGCUGGCGAGCUUCAAGCAGUCGGACAAGAAUUUAGUUCCAUUAUUCGUGGAAAAGUGUGUUAAAUUUAUCGAACUGGAGGGACUGGACUCGGAGGGAAUCUAUCGAGUUCCCGGUAAUAGGACUCACGUCGAUCUGCUGUAUCAGAAGUUCGAUGAAGAGGUUGAUGUGGACAUCGAGAAGUUGGACAUUCCUGUGAAUGCGGUGGCGACAGCUUUGAAGGAUUUCUUUUCCAAGCGAUUGCCGCCGUUGUUUGCCGCCGAUAUGAUGGCUGAGCUGGAGGAUAUUGCCGGAUCACGGCCUCAGCAGGCCAUCAGUAGUCAUAACAUGGAUGUGGUGAAAACCGACCGCAGUUGUCGACUGAUUGCGCUGCGAUCGCUGCUCGGUCGGCUACCGACGAAUAAUUUUGCGAUCCUCAGUUAUAUCUUCCAACAUUUCGUGAGGGUCUCGGAAAACUCCAAGCUUAACAGCAUGGAUAGCAAAAACCUAGCGAUCUGCUGGUGGCCAACACUGCUGCCGAUCGAGUUCACCGACAUGAUGCGGUUCGAAACGAUGCGACCCUACCUGGAGGACAUCGUCCAGACGAUGAUCGAUCAGUAUCCGUUCUUGUUCCGCGGUGAGGAAGCCUUCGUGAUGGUCUGAUGCACUGAUGAUCGGGACCGGCCGGAGCAGUAACCGAGUAGCGUAGUAGCGAACAAAAAGAGUAGUCAGUGUCAGUGUCAGUGUCAGUGCAUGCAGUCCGAGUGACUUGUUGAUUAAUUUUUAGUUUGACCCGUCAUUCGUGGAACGCGCCCUCGAAUCGGGGACUCGAAUGCUCGAAAAUUAGCGAUACCAUUUUUAGCUAGGCGUUUAGGGAAACAAAAUCAAGAAGAAAAGAAGGGAAAAUUGUUGUGCAUUUUUGUGUUUACUCUUAGCGGUAUUGUGCGCUUUUAUUAAACCGAAAGGAAAAAGCACGCAUCUUUUCCUUCAGUAGAUGUGAACGUGUAUAUUUAUUGCUUCAAGAUACUCAAACGGGGCUCGAACUAUUUUUGUUUGCUGGAAAAUUUUGCUAUUUUAUUACCACUGCUUAGGAGGAGGAGUCAACGGCGGAGUUUUAGGAACUUGCUACUUAGUCCCGAAUCAGGCGAGAAGGGAGACGUGAAAAAACCAACCAACAUUCUAUUAUAGAUUCAGAGAUAUUUUUCAGAUAACUGGUUUUUCAGUGUAUUUGAGCUAAGUAUGCUAACAAAUAUUUGUAUAUUUACCUGUGUAUAUUUUAAGGCAAAAAAAAAAACAGUAAAACCAUCAAUGCUCUAAAUAGUGGAACAAAUUAUUGAAAAAAAAAUAGUAUCGUUUGUAAGCGAUAAGCCUGUUAAGCCAUUAAAUACAAUUAUUGAUAUGAAAGCGAUAAGCUGUAACAAAUAUGUGGUGAUAAAGUGAAAUACUUUUCGGUAGACUUUAGUUAUUGUACUUUGUGUACUUUUAAGGAAAGAGAAUCGAAACGAACUCAUACUCUAAUUAUACCCGUAAACACUAUAUAUAUACACAAACACACACACAUACAUGGAUAGGAAUUAUGUGACUGUCUCUAAGCGGGAAAUUUAAUGUGUUGAAAUGCUAUGACAUAGCAGCAUAAACAUAAAAAAAAAGACACCGACACGACAAAACCGCGAAACUGCGCUUGAUCAGUGUUUGCCCCCCCAGCAGCUUUAAUGUUUUUAAAUUAAAUUACUUCCUCUGGGAGAGCAUCUGUGUUGCCAUUCGGAACUGGGUGUCAAAUUUGUCGUUGCAUUUUCUUUUGUUAUUCAGUAAUCGAAUCGACGUAAAAUAAAUUCCAUUAACAGUUAGUAGAAACGCAAGACGACGAUUACUAUCGAGACUCUAGUCAACCUCGACCAGAUUUGCCAGAUUUUUACCCCUUAUCUUUUCUCCCCC